UCUUUCUCCGCUUCUCAUUUCAAUUCAACAUCCACAACAUCAACAUCACCAAAACUAAAUUGUCAUUCAAACAUGAGACUCAACUUAUCAUGAAGAAUUGAACUCGGUUUACUUUUACAUGUUCUGAUUCAAUUGUUACUCUUUUUUUAAUCAAUUUGGAAAAAAAUUCGUUUUUUUUUGUUCUUCUCUUUAUUUGGAUUUGAUGAUGAAUAACAACAAUUCAACAUUCGCCAACCGUGAUCAUCGUUAUCACCAUUCAUCGCAAUCAUUAAAUGAGCUAAUUCAGACUCGCCAUCAUAACAGUUAUGCUAAUCAACAACAAUCAACUUCUUCACAAUCUCGUCAACUAUGCAUCAAUUUUCAACCUUGUUCAACAUCAACUGUUGACCAUAAAACUGAUCUUGUUAAUCGGUUAAUCAAUUCAUCCAAUGGAUCUAAAACCAGAGAUUCUUUAAUCAAUAAUUGUGAACCAAAUUAUGUUAACCUUUCGGUCGGUGAUUAUAUCGUAAUCAAGCCAACUGAGGCCAGUUCCUUGUAUAAAUGUGUCAAUCAUGUCACUUCUCAAGUCCAUCUAUGCAAGGUUGUUGAAACGAAAAACUACCACGAAUACUUGUCUAUUUACAUUAAAUUACAAGAUAAUUGUGGAAUUAACAGAAUUCAUGAGAUAUGUGUUGGAUCAACUUACACAAUUAUCGUUUUCGAUAAAUCAUAUGGAGAUUUACAUUCAUACAUUCGGAUGAAGAAAAAAUUAACCGAAUCAGAGGCUCGUAAACUUUUCUACCAGAUCACUUCGAUUGUCGCUGAUUGUCAUGGAAAAGGAAUCAUUCUCAGAGAUAUAAAACUACGCAAAUUUAUUUUCAAAGAUCCUCAACAAACCAAAUUGAUCCUGGAAACUUGGGAUGAUGCGAUUAUCCUUCCAGAUCCACUUAAUGAUCUUCUUAAUGAUAAACAUGGAUGUCCUACCUAUGUAAGCCCGGAAAUACUUUCCAAGUCAAGUAGCUGUUAUUCAGGUCGCAGUGCUGAUUGUUGGAGUCUUGGUGUCAUAUUAUUUACCAUGUUAGCUGGUCGAUAUCCAUUUCAUGAUUCUAAUCCAACCCAAUUGUUCACCAAAAUAAGACGAGGAGCAUAUCAGAUACCAUCCACUGUUUCCUGCUCGGCUGAGUUUAUCAUUCGAAGUUUACUUCGUAAACAGCCAUCUGAACGGCUCACAGCUCAGGAUUUACUUCAUGCAAAAUGGUUCACCGAAAAGGAUCCAUACUUAGAGCCAGAUGAUCUUCUUCCAGAAAGUUGUCUCCUAGAAACGGAACAGAUUCAACCGAUAACAUAUCCAACUCAGUCUCCAUCAUCUUCAUCUUCAAGACUCACAACUGCUCCAUCAAUGCCAUCAUCACCUCUUGCACAAACUCUACCUGGUUCGUCUACUUCAACUCGUCCAUUCUCAAUUGCUUCCAUCUUAUCACCAUCAUCUUCAAAUAAUAACUAUUCUUCUCAUCGCCAUCCUCAACUAUCAACUUAUUCACCUAAUGCAGGAUCUUCAAUUAAUGAGCCUAAACCUAACAGUAGAUUGAUCUCAUCAGACCAAAUUGUUCCAGACUUGACUUGGUCAAGCAAUUCUGAUGAAUCCUUCCAUUGGUCAUUGACUUCUGGUCUUUUGUCUUGAUUGUAAAGGUCACAGAACAAAACGUGUUUCCUUGUUUUCGUAAAUGUUACUCUCGUGUCUCUCUUUUUCCAUUACUUCUCAAUCUCGACAAAAUAGACUAACUAUUCAUCAGCUUUAAGCUGAAAAGUUAAUUAUUUGUCAAUAAUAUUUAUCGUAAACAGACAAAAGGUCAAAUCAAAUGUUGACUUAAACGAUAUGAAAACAAUUAUUCAAUCAUAUCAUUAACCUUUAAUCUGAAAACUCAUUUUAAAUCAGAAAGAAAAAACAACCUAAUCUUGAACAAAGUGAUGCAUUUUUGUUGAAUUUUGAUUCUCGUUCGAAUAUUAUCCUAAUCAAAGACAAAAAACACUCAACAAUCAAUAAGAAUUGAAAGGUUAACUGUAUUAAUUAACUUUGUGUAUCGUAAAUGUUUACAAAAUCAAAGACAAUUAUACAUGUUUACUUAUUAGAAUCAUCAUAGGAAACAAUAUUUACCAAUUUGAAACUCGUAACAAAAGCAUGCAAAUUGUUAACAUUUUUCAUCGAAAUAUGUAAAUAAUAAUACCAAUCCAAAUUAAUGUAAUUAAAUUAAUUAAAUUAAUUAUCUUUACAAAUCAUGCCCUGA